GAGUGAAGUAGGACAGAGUUGGCGCCAGCUCCUUCAGAUACAGACAUCGCUGGCUGGAUGGCCACCCUGUCAGGGUGAGCUUGAGUCCAAGGCUCCCUUCGGUACUGUGUCCCUGCUCUAGGGCCUACAGCCCCAUACCUCACGAUAGCGGCAUGUCACAGGAGGCCACAGACGCACCAGCAAUGCCAGGAGCAGGACAUGGUCAUAAUAAGGCCAAGGCACGGUUGCUUCUAGGCACUGACAGGAAGAGGAGCCGCCUCAACAGGACAAGGCAGGACCUGUGGGACGACACUAGCUGGAGCAAUCACAGAUUGAGCAGAGCCACCUCUGCCCCCCGAGGGACCAGAACUAGGGGAACAACUCAUGGCAGGAGUGAAGCCAGCCCGGAGAAUGCAGCAAGGGAACGAACUCGGGUGAAGACGCUUCGUCAGGCUUUUCUGGCCCUGCAGGCUGCUCUGCCUGCAGUGCCACCUGACACCAAGCUUUCCAAGUUGGAUGUGCUCGUGCUGGCCACAAGCUACAUCGCCCACCUUACCCGAACCCUUGGCCAUGAGUUGCCUGGCCCUGCCUGGCCUCCCUUCCUUCGUGGGCUGUGUUACUUGCACCCUCUUAAGAAGUGGCCCAUGCGAUCUCGUCUCUAUGCAGGAGGUUUGGGAUGCUCUGGCCUCGAUUCUACCACAGCCAUCACUGUUGGCCAAAGACACAGGGAUGCAGAGCUGGGGUCUCAAGUCUCUGUAGCCACAGACAGUCUCCUCGCCUCUCCAGUCUCUCCAGCUCUUGGGAACAAAUGACCACCAUGAUCAAUCAUCCUAUUCUCUUAGACUGUGACUCCACUUAAGGACCUGGGUUUUCUGUCCAUUCUACCUGUCUUCCCCCUUGAUUCUCAACCCAGCAGGCAAGAAGAAGCAGUAAUGAAAUCAAUGAUAGAGAGUUCUAAGAAAACCCAGGAUGGAGUUUACCUUUGGCUCUUCUACGGUAGUGACAGGAAGUUAAAGAGAAACAGAGUGUGGCAUGGUUCUAGGUCAAGUUAGGGCAUCACAUCCCCCUCCCUAGGGCUCUUUAAGACAAGAAAGCAAGAAGACAGAGAUUCUCUGGUAAUACUGCCUGGGGUAAGGGCAGCAGUAGCCCCAGGUGCUCACGGGCAUACCAGGGCUCCUGAAGGGCUUUCGGUAGCAGUAAGUAUGAAAAUGCCUGGAGUCAGGUCACAAAGCCAAAGAGGAAGCUAAAGAAUGGAGUGUGAUUUCUUUAAUAUGGUCUCUCCAGUGGACUCCUGCUCACUGCCUUCCUGCACCAGUGCCUUGCAGAUGAAGCCCCCAGACUUACAUGGCUUACAAUCCAGGGAAAUUUACCUAGUCCAAACUAUCUAGGGCUAGAUCAUUUUAUCCCACAGGCCACUCUGCAUUCCCUCGAAGAGGCAGCCACUCACAGCCAUUCCUGUAAAGGACAGAAAUGCUCACAGUCACUCACAGCCCUGCCUGUAAAGGACAGCAAUACUCCCAGUUUCAUCUCCCUGAAUGGCCCAAGAUAAAGCUGGUGCAUCAUCACUCUCA